AUGAAUGACUCCACAGAAGCGCCUCAGGUCUUAUCACUUCAUACUAGCAUCAAAGCUGUGCUGUCUACACUGCUGUGCCUCUUUUUCCUGUACGUAAACAGUGUCAUGGUGUUUGCUCUGCUGAAAAAGCCUCUCCUGCUGCAGUCGCCUCGAUACGUCCUGUUUGGUCACCUGCUUGUUACUGACUCUCUGCAGCUCGUAGCCUCUAUGCUGCUGUACGUCUUUGCUGUGACUAGGGUCAGAAUGGCUAGCUAUGUUUGCAUUACUUUCUUACUAUUUGCAAGCAGCACUGUGAAGUUGUCUCCCCUCAGCCUCGCUGUCAUGUCUUUGGAGAGAUAUGUUGCCAUUUGUUUUCCACUGAGGCAUGCUUACAUAGUCACGUCCAGGACCAUGGGUAUCGCCAUCGCUGUUAUAUGGACAGUGGCCUCUUUAGACUCCUUCAUGCUGCUCAUUCUGUUUGUUAGUCUCGAGAACACAAGCUUCACUUUGCAAAAGUUCUGCACCAAAAGCACUGUGUUCCGACUACAAAUUUACGUAACACUGAGCAGGACCUUUACCAUAAUGUAUUUUGCAUUGGUGAGCUUGAUUAUCAUUUAUACAUACGUUGCAGUCAUGAUUACUGCAAAGUCAGCCUCUUCUAAUGCGAGUCAUGCCAAUAAGGCACAUAAGACAGUGCUCCUGCACCUGCUACAGUUUUGCUUGUGUCUUACCUCGACUCUGUUUGAGAUGAUAAACACCAGCAGCCUAUUGAAAAUGAAGCGUGUUGUCGCUGUGCACAUUCAGUAUGUCUUCUUUUUGUGUCUAAUUAUUCUCCCUAAGAGUUUGAGCCCACUCCUAUAUGGCCUCAGAGAUCAAACCUUCAGACGUGUCUUUAUAUACUAUUUCACCUUUGGCUUUCAAAGCACAGUUUUUCCAUCUCUUAAGUCUUGAUUUUGAAGUUAUUGUAUUUAAUUGUGAGUGUAAACAGCAGCAUAAAGAGUUGUUUUCUCAAAAGCUGUAAAGUCUGAGAGCUACUGUCUAGAAUCAGGACUUACUGCUGCAGGAAAGGAUAAACUCUAAUAUAGUGUUCACAGAAACAAAGGGCAGCACUUUUUCAAUUUCUGCUCAUUUCUUAACAAACAUCAUUAUAAGCCAUGUGAUUAUCCAAGACAGUCUUUAAACACAUCCAUACACAGAACAGAGAGAGUAUAUAAUCCUCUCUAAGUAACAAUGAUGAACUGUUGUGUUAAACAUAUAACAUGUGGAUAUAAUGUCUUUAAUAUAUUCUUCCAUUGCUGUCUUUUGAGCUACUGUAACAGUGAACU